GAUGCAGCUCCUUCAACACGCCAGAAGGUUCAUUUAUAGCAGGAAGGGACAAAGGGCCUGCACGGGCUUCUGACCAUGACUUUCCAAGACGUUGCUCGACACCAUUGCGAUGUAGUGAAGACAUGUUCAACUCAAGUCACAGAGAGACACGUGAUGGGAUGAAGCCUUGUACAACCACUCCAUCAGGUGUGUUGCAUGAUCGGCGAGCACGGUUCCAUGCUCCUCUCCGGGCACGCCUGACGACUGUGGAGAGCUCGUAUUCACCAAGAAGGUCAGAUGGUAAUCGCUCUCUUCAGCCACUUCGAGCUAUGACGCCGGGCUGCUUCAAGUCCAAAGCUGCCCCCACACCAAAGACUAGUACCCCUUUGAAUUCCAACGCAAACCGAAGGAUGUGUGGUCCUCGGCCGCAGUUUAUCACGCCCUACAGAAAGCAGGAAGCCAGUAGGGAGGUUUCGCCUCUUGCGCGUUGUAGUAGCUCUAGUAUACCGGUCAGUGGUUCCGCGGAGGAUCAAGGUUCAGAUGUCGUGGAACCGUCUUCAAAGAAACCCAGAAUAUCAGCGUCUAACAGCACAAUGGAUGAGAAGAACGGUCAUCAUGGAACUGUUUCUCAGACCGACGGCAGAGUGAAACCGCAGCCUGGUUUCCUUUCUCAUUUGCGUCUCCACAAUGGAAGAAUAAAGCUUAAAGAUAUUGUUGGACAUGGCACACUGCCAGGGCAAUUCACCACAGCGGAGCUGAUUGAACUGGGUGUGUCUCCAGAGGUGAUCUCUAUUUCUUCCUCUAAUGCGGGAUCAUUCCGGUUCAUCGGAAGGAAGUAUUUCAGUGAAUCUGUGUUGACUAGCGGGGGUGGUAUUAGAAUGGAGGACGGCGGAGUGUUGCAUGCUGGGAUUGAUGGCUGCGUGGGCCUGGAAGAAAUACAAAGUGCGUUUCUUAGCACACCUGGAGUGGACGGUCAGUUGAUCAGUGAACAGUGGAUCGCAAAUCAUUACAGAUGGCUCGUAUGGAAACUAGCCGCCACGGAAGUUGCAUUUCCAUGUCAAUUUGCUGGAAGAUGCCUGACUCCGGACUGGGUUUUGUGCCAACUGAAGUACAGAUAUGACCGUGAAAUCGAUCACAGCAACAGGUCUGCAUUGAAGAAAAUACUGGAGCGGGAUGAUACAUCCAGUCGUGCGAUGGUGCUGUGUGUCUCUAGUGUAACAGUAACGGAAAUUCAAGUUGACAACACUGCUGCAAAGCAGACAGAUAACGACGGCGAAAAAGACGGGCAGGGCACUGUUAAUAAAAUAGAGAGUUGUGCAAUCAUAGAGGUUACUGAUGGCUGGUAUGGUAUUCGAGCCACAUUGGACAGACCACUUACAAGACUGUUACAUGACGGAAAGAUUGUUGUUGGGCAAAAGUUGUUCGUGUAUGGAGCCGAACUGAUAGGGUCUGAACAGGCUGUGUCCCCUUUAGAGGCUCCCUCGUCAUUGAUGCUGCGGCUUCAUGCCAACUCCACCCGGCGUGCACGAUGGGAUGUGAAACUUGGUUUCCAUAGCCACGCGCGUGCGUUUCCAUUACCGCUGGCCUCUUUGUUUGGUGAUGGAGGAUUCACAGGCUGUGUUGACGUCAUCGUUUUGAGGCAGUAUCCUGUGCAGUGGAUGGAAAAGAUGUCCGAUGGUACCAAUGUUUUUCGCAACUCUCGGCUUGAGGAAAGAGAAGCCAAAAAGUUUGAAGCAGAUCGACAGAAGCGAAGGGAAAAGCUGUUUCUGAAAAUACAGGAAGAGUUUGAAAAAGAAUGCCAACUGCCAGAAAAGAGAAGAUCCGCGAGGUUCCGACGCCGUUCGUUUUCAUCACGUGAUUUGAAAGACUUGCAUGACGGGAAGGAAAUUUAUGAAACUCUUACCCAGGCUUCCGAUCCUGACUCAGUCAAAGAGUGUCUCAAUGAGCGGCAAGUGCGAGCCUUAGAAGAUUACCAGCGCUCGUUACAGGAGAGAAAAUGUGCGGAAUUACAGAGCAAGUUUGAACGUGUUUGGAAAGAACAAGAGGAAGAACAGCGCCAGCUUCAAAGAAACGUGGUACCUCUACUGAAAGUUCGAAUUGCGGAUUACCUUUGCAAAGGGCAAGCCAGGCAGACUGCAUUGUUAAGCAUUUGGCGUCCAAGCGAGGAAGUGAUGCAUCUGUUGAGCGAGGGAUCCCGAUUAAGAAUUUAUCAUUUAACAGCAGCUGGUGUCAGGAACCGACCAGGUGCCUCUGAACUACAGCUUUCAGCAACACGAACGACAAGAUACGAAGAGCUGCCCAGUGACCCAGAUGUCAAAAGAGUGGUUUACAUGCCUCGACAGGCCGGUUCUUUUGAUGAGUUGCGAUGUGGUUCGUUGCAGUCGUUUUCAGAAGUCGAUGUAGUUGGAGUGGUGGUAUUUUGCAGUCCUGUAUCUACCCUCUCCAGCCCCAGUUCCAGCAUGCAGACCGUUUAUCUGUCAGACGAGGACAGCAACUUAGUAGCGAUAAAGUUCUGGGGAGGAUUGAAGGCGGUGGCUGUAGAAGAUCUGAUCAAGCCUUGUAGCUUCAUUUGCUGUACCAACUUAACAGUUCGACCAGAUGACCGGAUCCAGUGCCCCUCCCUGACCUUCACUGAACUGUCAACGCUGACCCUAAAGCCUCGCGAACCACAUCUACGGACUGCCUUGCACAAUCUGCACCAAAGUAUACCGGAUAUGAACCUUUUCAUGUGUCACAUUCAGCAGACUUUGACUAGCAUGCUUCGCCCGAAUGGAGCGUCUCCUUCAGUGGACGUGAAAGUCAACACUGUACCUACGUACGGACGGCAAAAUUACAAUUCUGCUCUGAGAAAGAAGUGUACGGAUGUAACGGUUACAGUGGAAUCCACAGACAGAGAAAACGGCAGCCCAAUUCUCAGCGGCCAAGAAUAUCGCUUAGCUGGAUUCGGUCAAUCAACGUCAUGUGACGGGCACGCGCUGUCACGCAAAUUGAAUGUCUCCAACAUUGAGGACCCUAAUAAUCCGGUCACGCCUACUGCCAGUGCACGCACGACCUCGAGGCAGUCAAAACGGAAGUUAUUGGACAGCAUCGCUGAGCCACCUCCCCUCUCACCUCUGCCCAGUUCCAUCCCGGCCAGCGUCAGAAGAGAAUUCAAAAGACCACGACAAGUUGGAAUGCCGGGAAAUGUUCGGCUUGAACAGUGAAACAAUGUAGACAACCUGGAAAGCACAGCUUGAACACGCUGUCAAUUCAAACACGAUUGAAAUGCCCGCCUUUUAAGGGGUUCAACAGUAUAUUAAGCGAGUAGUUUUUGGAGGGUACCGUCUUAUCUCCUGUGGAUGUCUUGGUGGUGGCGUCAUUUAUUUCUUUUAUUAGAACGCUUAAAAAUAUCUAUACAGAAAUUCGUAACAGACAUGAAUGUAAUACCGUAAUUCCAUUACAUUGAAGAGAUAAAGAAAGCUAAUUUGUUUGUUAGAAGAAAUACCUUUUUGCAUAAAGUUAAAUAAAAAAGAGAUGAAAAUUAUUUAGUUAACGAAUUGAAAAGCAAAAAAAUUAUAAGAGUAUGAUGUAAGAUGUUUGUUGAUCAUGUUAUGAAUGAGCUUGAACAAAUUAGAGACUGGCACAAAGUGCCACUCGAGUCCGGCUAAGUAAGUUGAAGUUUUUACAUUUACCCCAUUAAUUUGUGGUUAAACCGUUGUGGUUCACGGCGUUAAAUGAAGAUGUUAAACUUGUUCGUCCAAGAUGUAUUAAUUGUGGAUUCAAAUGCAAAAAUAUUUAAAUAAAGGCGAUGGUAAUUUU